AUGUUGUCGGGUGAUAAGCAAGCCGAGGGAUGGAAUUGUACAUCCUACCCGGCCUUGGUAGCAAACCCUGAUAUUGGAGGCAUCGGAACCAUAUUGACAUUUGUUAUUUCAGUAUACCUUACUCUAAUAUGUUGUGUGGCCAAGGCUAGAAUCGACCAUAUUCGUUCUCCAGAUAAAAAUACACCCAAAUUGGAUCUUUGGUCAUUUGCCCUGGGAAAUGUGAUUCUAAAUUUCAGCGACCAACAGGUCGUUUUAGGAAUCGCGGUCCUCGUAGCAGGAGUAUCUCAAUUAUCUUCGGGACUUGAUUCUUAUCACUGGCAAACGGUAUUAAAUCUUGCUUGGUUUUCAAGCUUUACACAUAUAUUGACUCUUACAGCUUUAAGGGCAGAAAACCGCUCUAAUAAUAAGAUCAAAGUCAUUCGUGUAGUUGCUAUGGGGGUUCUAGCUGUUAUACUAAUGUGUAUGGUGUAUACUGCUGGAUGGGUCAGUGGGACCGUAAUGAAAGUAUCUUCAGAGGAUUCCAAAAAUAGUCCCCCAAUGAGUUUCCCAGCAUGGUGUCUUUUUCGGCCAAACAUUCCAUGGAUGUGGCAGGAUCAUCUACUAGACAUCCAAUACAACUGGACUUAUGUUGUACUCGCUUUUAUCAUCCUAGUUUUCAGUUACUCCACAAGGGCAUUGUUGUUAUACUUUGAAAGUAUUGGUCAAGUGAUGAAAAUGAUGGCCAAAUUCCUAUGGCUUGAUAAGUUAGCCGGCCUCUUCGGGAUCACACAUACGAAAUCAAUAGGAUCAAGAUUAAAUGGGAUGGGAAGACGAAAGUGGAGCUAUAGACUUCUACGAUCUCUGUAUGCAAUAUUUCUUGCCUGUAGGCAGACCUUUGACUCAACGAUAUGGGAGCUGGGAUGGCUCUCUUUUGCCCUUGCUUGGGGCACAGUUCGUAUCUUCACUAUUCGGGAUCUCCCCAAUUCUCAAGACAAUCUGGAUUCGUCCGAAUCAAUGUCUGCUAUACUUUCGGAAGAGAAUGAUUGGGGAUUUGGACAAAUACAAACUAAUAUCCCGAAAGAAGCAUACUCGUCUCCUCCGGAUGCGAUGUCUCUACGAAAGAAGUCUUUCACCGAUGCACACACAUCUCCUGAUACCUCUAGUGAUUACGACAGAUUGCCGUCAUCUAUUGAUCUAUCCCAGAGUUACAACAUAACCUCAACCAAUCUGCAGAAGAGUCAAGUCAAGGUUGAAAUCGAAAAUGAAGUUUGGUUCAAAAAAUUAAUUUACAUCAUUUAUCUCCUCUCAGUCAUUACUGGAGGAAUCACAAUCUUUAUAGGCCUAUUCGAACCACCAUCCUUUCUAGGCUUAGGAAUCUUCAUAGUAUAUGUCGAGUGGAUAUUUGUCGAUCUUUUCGUAUUGUGGUUGGCGACAUUAAUAUUCAUAGAUCAUGAUAUUCAAAGAUUUUGGACAAAGAGCUGGAUGGGGAAAGUAACGAACAAGAUGCCCUGGUUUUGGUGGUGCCUUUUUGUACUUUUCUUGAUUACAUUUUGUUUUGUCGCUUGGCUUGGGAGCAUUUUUGUGCUCAUAAAAGGAUUGGAGUUGAUUUCACAUAAAGGUUAG